AUGCGGUCGAUUCUUGGCGUGGUCGUGUGCGCCUUUGCUGCGGCAGUCUCUGCCGUCAGCACGACGGGCAACAGGUUGCUUGUUGUGCUGGACGACGCCGCGGAGAAGGAUGCGUACUCUCAGUUCUUCGGGGACCUGACAGCUCGUGGAUAUGAAAUCAAGUACGAGACGCCGAGGAGUGAGGAAUUGAAGCUGUUCCAGCUUGGAGAGCGGGCGUAUGACCACCUCGUCUUCCUCCCCUCCAAGGUCAAAGGGCUGGGACCCAACUUGACGCCCAACCUACUCGUCGACUUUGUCAACGCCAAGGGCAACGUCCUCGUCGCGCUCUCUUCCACAACCCCCGCAUCAACCUCCCUCGUCUCCCUCCUCUCGGAGCUCGACAUUACUCUCCCGGCCGAGCGCACCGGUACCGUCGUUGACCACUUCAACUACGACACCGUGUCUGCCCCCGAGACGCACGACACUCUUGUCCUUGACGCUCCCACCAGUGUGCGCCCGGGCUUGAAGCCCUACUUCGAUGUCGGUGGCGUCCUCGCGCUGCCGCAUACGGCCGGCCACAUCCUCGGACAGAGCCACCUGCUGGCGCCUGUACUGCGCGCCCCGUCCACCGCCUACAGCUACAACCCCAAGGAGCAGGCCGAGACGGUCGACCCGGAUGACCUGUUCGCCGCGGGGCAGCAGCUUGCCCUCGUGUCGACGAUGCAGGCCCGCAACUCGGCGCGCUUGACGGUCUUGGGAUCGGCGGAGAUGCUUCAGGACAAGUGGUUCGACGCCAAGGUUGCGCGCGGCGACGACAAGAAGGUCAAGACUGAGAACCGCGAGUUCUCGAAGCGGGUGUCUGGAUGGACUUUCCAGGAGAUUGGUGUGCUCCGUGUCAACGAGAUUGAGCACCGCCUUGUGGGCUCCAACGAGACGAACCCGGAGAUCUAUCGCAUCAAGACCGAUGUGUCAUACCGCAUCUCCGUCUCGGAGCACGUUUGGGACAAGUGGGUUCCGUUUGUCGUGCCCGAGGGCGACAACCUGCAGCUCGAGUUCUCCAUGCUCUCGCCAUUCCACCGACUCAACCUGAAGCCCGCGGCGGCAGGCGACUCGGCCACUGCUUUCUCGCGCACCUUUACGCUGCCCGAUCAGCACGGCAUCUUCAAUUUCAAGGUCAACUACAAGCGGCCAUUCCUGACGUACGUGGAGGAGAAGCGCACCGUGAGCGUGCGCCACAUUGCGCACGACGAGUGGCCGCGCAGCUACAGCAUCUCCGCGGCGUGGCCGUGGCUGUCGGGCAUCGGGGCGACGGUGACGGGCUUUGUGGGCUUCGCGGCGGUGUGGAUGUACAGCAAGCCGGCAGACAAGAAGCGGGCUUGA